UUUUAUACGCUGCUGCUCAUGCUUAAUUUUGGAUUUUGCACUGAAGAUUUUAAGUUUAAGGUAAAGACCGUCACUGCUGGACAAAACGUCACCCUGACAUGCCCUCGUCAGACCGCUACUCUCUACCAAGAAACUUUGUACUGGAUCCGACUGGUUUCUGGAAACUGGCCUGAAUUUCUGGGCGCAACAUUUAACUUUGAGUUUGAUGAAGUUUCAAAGAUUCCUUACAUUGAGACAAAACAAGACCAAGGAGAAUUCCUUCUUCAUAUUAAUGAAGCUCAACAAAAUGAUACUGGACUUUAUUACUGUAUUAAAGUCAGACAACUUGACUUUAUAUUUAUGAAUGGAACAUUUUUAAAGAUUAAAGGAGAUAAAUCAGAUGUAACUGCUGUUCUUCAGAAGCCUCCAUCUGGUCCAGUCUAUCCAGAACUUCCAGAGGCUUUACAGUGUUCAGUUCUGUCCAACUCAGAGAGGUCAACAUGUCCAGCAGAUAACAGAGUGUACUGGUUCAAAGCUGGGUCAGAUGACUCUCAUCCUAAUCUACUUUAUUUACAAGGAAACAGUUUAGAUGAAUGUGAGAAGAUUUCUGAAGCUCCAUCGAUACAAAAAUGUUUCUACAACUUCUCUGAGACUGUAGACCCUGGAACUUAUUACUGUGCUGUGGCUGCAUGUGGUCAAAUAUUAUUUGGAAAUGGAGAAAAACUGGAGGGUGCCAAUGUACAGGAUUUUUCCAAACUUGUCCUUCCAUCAUUAUGCGCGGCUUUGGUGAUAAAUCUGGUUGUAAUAGCUGGGCUCAUUUAUAAAAUUAAGAAGAAAACCUGUGGUUGUUGCAAUGAUCCUGUGCUGAAGAUUGGUGAGAACGUACAGAAGGAUGAAAACACUCUGGUUUAUUCUGCCCCUACGUUUAAGAAGAAUAAAGCUAAUAAAGUGGAAAGAAGAAAUGUAAAAACAGCGCAAGAGGAAACGGUCUACACGGAUGUUAAAACAUUUUAUUAGAUUUAGUUUAAAAUAUUGUGGAUAAUUAAAUUUAGUUGUUUUUUUGUUUUUUUUAAUGGACCAAAAGUAAAAUCCAUAA